AUGAUGAAGCAGUUCAUGGCCAUGUUAAAGAAGAAUGAAAAUAAUCACCCCCCAUCCACCAAGCUGUUGAAUCUAGCAGAACAGCUUUGCCAGGAGCUCCAGAGCUCAUCUCCUAAUCUGGAGAAGCUGGUUGGAGCUGUGAUGGGAUGCAAAAGCAAGACAUACUUUCUCACUAACAUCCACGUUGUGCGGGCUUGUGUGUCCGUUCAUAUCCAUAAAGGGGAACAUGAUGCAGCCUGCAAACUCCUGAAGGCAGAAGAGAAGAAAGAGCUGGUGCAACUUUGGCAUGAGAUUCACUACCAGAGGUUUAUGGAGGAACACAAGACACAUUUUCUGACACCACUGCAGAAAUUCCGCUGCAGGAAGAGGAAUCCUCCACCUACUUCCCUUUGUCCUGAAGGUUUGAAGACUCGAAACUAUUCACAAGAAGUACGCCAGCACCUGCACAGGUUUGCUGCAGAGGUGACAGCAUAUCCAAACAAGAAACAGCGGGACAGAUUGGCUCAGGACAUGAACCUGCAGCCAACUCAGGUCUAUAACUGGUUUGCAAAUUAUCGACGUCGAAAAUCCCGCCUCCUUCAUGUGAAAGUGUCCAACAAUUCAUGUCCUGAGAAGGCUUCAGCUCACAAAGAGCCACAGGAUAAAGGAUCCAACACUCCACAAACUGCAGAUGGAUCUCCUGUGGGCAUCAGCCCUGAGCAAAUGGAUAUAACCCUCAUGCCCUGUGAGCCAGGACAGGAGCAGCCUCCUGAAGGAAUGUGUUUAAAGAUGCUGGAAUCCAGUUCCUCUCAGACUGUGUUUGGCAAGCCUCAAAGCCCACAUGUUUCUGCAGCCUAUGUGGAAGAAAGCCAAGCCCUGGGACAAAGCCAGGUCCUGGAGGAUCCAGCUGUUGACUCACUAGAACUGUUCCAGGCAGCAUGCCUGCUCUAUGAAAUUUCUAGCAGUAAAAACCGUGAACCGAUGUGA